UCUGCAUGACUCAAACAUUCUGAGUCAUUGUAAGAAGGGGGGAAACAUAAAGCCCCCCUCAGGUGACAAAGUGUUUCCUCGUUACGUUACUGAUUCUAGUACCCCACCACUGAGGGGGUUAUUUUUUAAUUUUCAUUUUUGCCAAACACACCCCCACCUCCUCUCCUUGCCACUGUCACACUCCCUGAGCGGAUACUCUGAGAGAACAGACGGAACCAAACAGUGGAAUCUGCUGCAAACUGAGACAGUUCUCACCAGCACACAGGCCAAACUAACUCAAACUCUUACUUGAGCUGCUUAAACAAAGCUCACUGAAGAAAAGAGUUUAUUUUUUCUUGACCAUGACUGAUUCUGUAGCCGAGGAGGACAAGGACCCCGAUAUCGAAUUAUUUGUCAAGGCUGGCAGUGAUGGGGAGAGCAUUGGAAACUGYCCUUUCUCCCAACGCCUCUUCAUGAUCCUUUGGCUGAAAGGAGUAGUCUUUAAUGUCACCACUGUUGACCUGAAGAGGAAACCAGCCGACCUUCACAAUCUGGCCCCAGGAACACAUCCGCCGUUCCUCACCUUCCAGGGAAAUGUUCUCACGGAUGUGAAUAAAAUAGAGGAGUACCUGGAGGAGAUGCUGGCUCCACCAAAGUAUCCUAAACUUGCAGUAAGGAACCGUGAAUCGAACGUAGCUGGGAAUGACAUAUUUGCCAAGUUCUCUGCUUACGUCAAAAACACAAGACCGGAAAAAAAUCGAGCYUUGGAGAAGAGCCUAAACAAGGCUCUGGCUAAGCUGGACGAGUAUUUGAUGACUCCAUUGCCCGACGAGGUUCAGUCGGGACGCCACAGCAGUGAAGGAGGAUCCACCCGUAAGUAUCUGGACGGUGACGAACUGACGCUUGCUGACUGCAACCUUCUACCCAAGCUUCAUGUGGUCAAGGUAGGCAGCUUCCUUCUAGGAUUUGCUCCGUUAUCCCUUCAAAUCUGGUCUGUGUUCUUGCAACCUGUUUUUGUCAGGUGGUUACAAAGAAAUACAGGAACUACAACAUCCCGUCUGAAUUCAGAGGYGUGUGGAGAUACCUGGGCAAUGCCUACAACCGAGACGAGUUCACCAACACGUGUGCAGCGGACGUGGAAAUUGARCUUGCGUACAAAGAUGUGGCCAAGAGGCUUGGAAAAUGAGUGGACCGCAGCUUUAUUUAUUUGUUUGUUUGUAAUCUUAAAGCACAACACAAAAAUUCAUCACACAUAAUGAGAUGUUUUUAACACAAAAAUGCUAAAUAGGCUUAAAUUGGAGGAAAGAGAUGCUUGUUAGAAAAGAGAUUUGUUACUUUUCAAGAUAUUUUUUGUAACUUUUCAAAGAAUAAUCCACAAAAACUCAGAAUAACAGCUGUUAAACUAUAGCAAAACUAGCAGGCCUUAGCUAAUCUGCAUCUUUGUUUUUUCUUAUCUGUUUUUCUAAAACACUGAAACAAUGUAGUGCAAAGCAUGAUGUUAAUGUACACUGAACAAAAAUAUAAACACCCCAUGUCAAAUAUUGUUGYCAUGUGGCGUUACGUUAACAAUGGUAAAUGAGCAUUUGCUGACAUUUUGKGUAAAUGGUUUGCAGAUGCAAAUGUUAUGCCCAGGGUUGGCAAUGGAGGUGGUGGUAUAAUGGUGUGGUCAGGCAUCACAUACAGGCAUAAAACACCAUUGCACUUCAAAGACAUCGGGAUGAGUUUUUCACCCCAGUUUUGCUGUUUUUUUUUUUUUGUUGUUGUUGCUUCAGCAUUAUAUCACUUUUCAACAUGACAAUGUCCGACCUCAUGUUGCUCAUAUCUGCAUAGAAUUCCUUCAAACAGAGGACAUUGAAGUUCUGGACUGGCCUGCAUAUUCACCAGACAUGUCCCCCAAUAGAGCAUCUUUGGGAUGUUCUGGAUAGGCGUSUUGGGGACCGUGUUCCAGUUCAAGGCAAUGUGGGUCAGCUCCAUGUGGCACUCCAKGAGGAAUGGAAUAACAUUCAACAGGCCACCAUAGACAAUCUGAUCAACUCCAUGCGAAGAAGAUGUGUUGUUCUGAGAGACACAGCUGGCGGACACACAAGAUACUGAAAAAUCAAAUCUCUCAACCUGACCUCUAUCAUGUUCGAAGGACUGUCGAAGGCCAAACCACGAUGUUGUCAAUGCCGAUAUGAAGAUCAGUAAUUACUGAAAAUAUAUUUUGGGUUUCUCUACAUAUUGCGUAACCCAAAGGUUCAUAAAAUUCAYAUAUUUGACAUGGGGUGUUUAUAUUUUUGUUCAGUGUAUUUAACAACACAUAUAGCUAAUUAACAAAUUCAGUAUUAUUUUCAAAGCCAAUACCAAACAAGCUAACUUUUUGCAUUUGCCAGGGAAAGACCUGCUUUAUUUCUUUAAAUCUUUUUAUUAACAUCAGUAUUUUUUAAUGUUUUCAUUUUCAAAUUUAUUUAUAAAGUUAGCUUACUUGGCUAGCUUGUUAUAGCUAUUAAGUCAGCUGAGUUGGCUAAUUUGCUACAACUUAAUGAGUUAGAUUAAUUGAUUAGUUUGCUCUGGCUAAUAAAAUUAGUUUAGUUGGUUGGUCCUCAAGGCCCACAGUCCUGAGUGUCUUAGAUGUUUCCCUGAUUUCACACACCUGGUUUGARCAAAUCCCAGAAAGCUGUGUCUUCUUGGGACCUGACUUCACCCUUAAUGAGGUAAUUCAGAAGGUCAUUUCCUUYAAGCUCUAAGUUUUGCAGGACAUCAGAACAAACGUCUGAAGAAUCUGAUGACCUGCUGAAGAACAGGGCAACAACUACAACAUUCAGUAAUAGUAACAGUAAUAGUAAUAGUAACAGUAACAGUAAUAGUAACAGUAACAGUAAUAGUAAUAGUAAUAAUAACAGUAACAGUAAYAGUGGACCUUGAGGAACAGGGUUGGGAACAGAGCUAAUAAUGUUAGCAUUGUUGGCUAGCUUGCUGGCUAGUUUGCUGUGACUAAUAAAACGUGACUGUUUGAACUGACUAAUGGAGAGUAGAGGAGUAAAAAUGGAAGCAAUAUUUUAAAAAUAUAUACUCAGAAUUGUGGUCAUUUUGAAAUUUAUAAUAUCAAAACCAAAACUAGUUCCAUUCAAUUCAGAGUAAUGAACUUUGAUCCAAUAGAAUUGGAAACAUGACCCUGCCUUAAUUUAUAAAACAUCAUUGGUAUUAAACUCAAAAUGAGCCUAAGCUUUUGUCUUUAUUUCUUGUUGUUUAAACUAAAAAUAUUAGACAUUUAUUUUUGAUGGACUUUCAGCAGAGGUUAUGUCUUCUCUACAGCAUUUAUCCUUUCUGUUGUUUCUGUUGUUUCAGUUUUUUCAUCUUUGAGGAGAUAGUGGGCUACAACAGUUGUGAUGUGCAAUUAAAAAUGCCAUUUGUAAUGUGGGGUUUGACUAAUUACUGUUCCUCUUUUUCUUUUGUCGACUAAUAAUUAGUUUAGUUCCCACAUUGUGUACUGAGGAAAAAUGCUCAGAAUGUGUUUUAGCCAAAAUAGCUUGUUCUGAAGGCAGUUUGACAUGUUUUUUCAACCUCUUGGCUUGGAUAUAGUCAGUCUCACGUUUAGCAAUAAUAACAUGUUGGACCAUACAUAGUUAAUUAAAACAUGUAGCAGCAAACAGUAAUGAACAAAACCAGUUCAUUUGUUUUAUGUGAUUUAGAACACUGAUGGCAGUGAAGACUCCUAACCUCGAGUGCCUUAAUAGAAACAGAGCUCACUCCUAUUGAACCUUUGUGUCUAAAGUAAGUUAUGUGUUUGAAUGUAAUUGUUUCAUGUUGACAAGUAAGUUCUCCAUCUCGAGCUGUGUGCAAUGAUAACGUUUAAUAAAAUAUAACUUUAAAACUACUAGGGUUAGUUUAAAAUAUAGAAAUAUGUUUGUAAAU